CCCCCAGGCCCGCAAAUGAGCCAGCGCGUCCCCGCUUUCCCACGCGGGGCUUCCCGUCCGGCCCUCAGGACAGCGGAGGCGGCGCGUUCUGGGGGAUCCCCGAUCUCCGGACCGGGGCUCAGCGACGCAGGCAACGAGCCCCAGGUCGCACAGCAGCCCGCCGAGCGCCGCCGUCCCUGCUGCCCCCGGGGGGCCCCGGCGGGCGGCGCGGGGCGGGGCGGGGCGGGGGCGGCCUUUGGGGGGCGCGCUCCGGCCGCCCCGCCCCCGCGCCCCUCCUUCCGCUCCGCCCGCGCUGGGGGCGGCCGGGCGUCGGCGGCGCACGCUUCCUGCGGGCGCGGCUGCUGUGGGCGCGGAGCUGCGAGGCGGAGCCGGGCCGCCGAUCCGGGAGCCGCGAGCCGAGAGCGCGUCGGUCCAGCCGCCGGGCCGCGCCGCCGCCGAGCAGCCGCCCCGCGCCGCGCCUCGGGAACAAAGGCGCCCGCCGCCGCCGCCAUGAAGCCGGGGCCGCCGCACCGCGCCGGGGCCGCCCACGGGACGGGCGCGGGCGCCCUGCUGCUGCGUCCGCUGCUGCUCCUGCUCCUGGCGGGGCGCGCCGCGGGGGCUCAGCGCUGGCGCAGCGAGAACUUCGAGAGGCCUGUGGACCUCGAGGGCUCUGGCGACGAUGACUCCUUUCCUGACGAUGAGCUGGAUGACCUCUACUCGGGGUCAGGCUCAGGCUACUUCGAGCAGGAGUCGGGCAUCGAGACAGCCAUGCGGUUCAGCCCAGAUGUGGCCCUGGCAGGGCCCACCACACCUGCUGUGCUGCCCACCAUGGACAUCCAGCCUGUGGGCACCCCGUUUGAGGAGCUCCCCUCUCAGCACCCCACCCCGCAGCCAGCCACCAGCCCCCCAGUGGUAACAGAGGUCCCAGAAGAGCCCAGCCAGAGAGCCACCACCAUCUCCACUCCCACAGCGACCACAGCUGCCACAACCACAGGGGCCCCUACCGUGGCCAUGGGGCCUGCCACAAUGGCCCCCGCUGCCUCCAGCAUCCCUGCAGCACCCCCUUCCACAGCUGUCACCUCUGUCAUAAGGACCACCAGUGUACGGAGGCUUCUGCCUCUUCCACUGACUACAGCAGCCACGGCCUGGGCCACCACCCCAGCGGCGCCCUCACCUCCCACCACAGUGGCUGUCUUGGACACAGAGGCCCCGACACCCAGGCUAGUCAGCACGGCUACCUCUAGGCCCAGGGCCCUUCCCCGGCCAGCUACCACCCAGGAGCCCGACAUUCCUGAGAAGAGCACUCUGCCCCUGGGGACCGCUGCCCCUGGACCCUCAGAGGUGGCUCAGACCCCAACUCCAGAGUCCUUCCUGACCACGAUUCGGGAUGAGCCAGAGGUGCCAGUGAGCGGGGGACCCAGUGGGGACUCUGAGCUGCCGGAGGAAGAGACGACACAGCCAGACACAGCCAAUGAGGUGGUGGCUGUGGGUGGGGCUGUGGCCAAGCCAUCACCUCCACCUGGGACACUGCCCAAGGGUGCUCGCCCAGGCCCUGGCCUCCUGGACAAUGCCAUCGACUCGGGCAGCUCAGCUGCUCAGCUGCCUCAGAAGAGCAUCCUGGAGCGGAAGGAGGUGCUUGUAGCUGUGAUCGUAGGCGGGGUGGUGGGUGCCCUCUUUGCUGCCUUCCUGGUCGCGCUGCUUGUCUACCGCAUGAAGAAGAAGGAUGAGGGCAGCUACACGCUGGAGGAGCCCAAGCAGGCCAGUGUCACGUACCAGAAGCCUGACAAGCAGGAGGAGUUCUACGCCUAGCGGAGACGUGGUGCUUCCCUGUAGCCCCAGCGCCACCCAUCUGCUCGGUCCCCAGCCCAGCUGCACCAGCCCCGGCCUGGGACUGGGUCUGGGAGGGAGCCUGGCCCCACUUCAUCUCAACCCACCCUCCCAAGGCCUGCCCAUAUCUUCCCUGAGGGGCAGCAGGUGCUGCCAUCUGCCCCAUACUGGGCCCUUAUGAGCUCAUCUUUUGUCUGCCACCACCGAGGGGUUUCAGAACCUCCUGUCGGAUGCACAGGAGGAAGGAAGCUCCUGAUUGACUGGUGGAAGGAAGGGUGCGGCUUGUGAUGAGCUUGAGUCCCAUCCUGGCCCCACCAAGCUGGUUGGCACCGAGGGGCAGAGAGGCACUCAGGCUAGUUUCCGGGACAAGCAUGUGGCAGGCUUAGCUCUCGAAGUCACUGCUCCUGCCCCAAGGCUCCUCUCUGCCUGGGUGAGAGGAUGACUGCUGUCAUCUGCCCAUUUUGUCCUGGCCUCUCUGGGGCUGUGGGGUCCCUCUCCCCUAACCCCUGCCUACUGCACACGCACCCAUAGUUCACCUCUUUUCCAGUCAGCCCCUGAGGAACUGGCUUCCUGAGAGUCCCCUGGCAGCCACUGGUGAGGAGGGCAGGGCUGUGUAGACCUCCCUCUUGCAAGCAGACUCUGCACAGACACCGUCCCCCACACAGUCACACGUACUGCAACGACAAAAUCAGAGCGAUCCUAUCACCCAGCCAAUCCAAGACAGGUCACAGACACACAUUCUUCCAAAGACGCUUUUCUCAUGCGUUUUCACGAAUUCCCCAAAUACUUAACCAUAAUGCAAGUCGCUAGACAUUGUCCUCCGAUGGUGAUGGUGUGGCCUGCCUCCCUCUCUCUCUGUCCCUCACCUCUCCCCACCACCACUCUGGCACCACACAUGUUGUCUCCAGCUUUCAGGCUCACUGGGGAGGGUGGAUUCAGCCAGAACAAUCAGCCCAUAUUGGGUCACCCGAGUCGCCCUGUCACACUCAGUCCCUCACGAUAACACUCACAUCAAGCACAUUGCCACCGACCCCAGCAUGUCAGAUACACUCCCAUAUGGAUGCACAAUCACCCCCACACAGCCCCCCUCUCACACUGGAGUAGGACAGGUGGGCACUUGGCUUUACAGAAUAAAGGGUGGUAUGGGGGGAUGGCGCCACCAGCCCCCUCAGGGCAUUGCACACCUGCUGGGCCUGGCCUCCCCCACCUGCCUCCUUCCCCUCUGUAGCCUGCAGAGGGGUUGGUUUGAGGCCAGCUCCCCACCAUGUGGAGCCUUGCUGAGGAGGGCACGCUGGUUCCUGGAAUGUGGCCCCAGGCUGUGGAGGGGGCUUGGCUCCCAGGACUUCAGGCCCUGGCUGGGGAGUGGCGUAUGGUCUGGCGCCUGGUCUCCCUGUCUCCCCCUCCUGCUCUAAGCUAGGGGCUGCCUCUGCCUCCCAGGACACAUCUCCAAAGUGCCUGUGAGGGUGGGCCUGCUGCCCAGGCCCUCUGCACCCUCUCCCCUUGGCCUCUCCAGGCUUGCCUCGGUCCCACCCGGGGCCUCCCUGGAGGCCUGUCCACUCAUUUGGCCAAACAACCUGGCAUUCUGGCUGCAGCUGGAUGGACCUGGAGCUGGAAGCAGCCCAUGCAGACACACUGCCCCAGGUGGAGAGCUGAGGGCAGGUGGGGGAGGCGGUGUCACAGGCCCCAGCCUGCCUCCUGCUUCUGUUACCCUUGCAAGGGGGGCCACUUCCUUAGAUAUUUUAAAUGUGGGGUCAACAAAUCUCCCUUAGGGAGCGUGUGCUUGGUGGGGGCUUUGGGGCCGAGGGAUGUGGUCUGAGUUGUGGUUGAAUGGUGCUCACACUCCCUCCCUUCACCCACAACCCAGAUUAAAGUCAAGAACCCAGAAUUUAUUUCUGUUCCCUUUUCAAGACUCCUUAGCAACAGACGUCUGCAGGGUGAGGGCUGGGGGUGCCAAGGCGGUGAGGGUGAGGUUCCAGGGAACUUUCCACCAUCUUAUUUCCAGGCUGACGCUCUACCUUUCAGACCGAAAGCCCCUCAGCAGGGCCUGGAGGCUUGUGAGGAGCCAGCUGGUCCCAGCCUUCAAAAGGGGCAGAAGUGGGGGAAGGCACCCUGGGCCCAUGAUCUGUUGGAGGAGACCUGGCUUCAGUCAUCCCUGUAGCAGAGGGGCUGGCCGUGCGGGGGAGAUCAAAGCCCCAGCCUCUCUCUAUCUACUCUGCUCCCUGGUGUGCUGCUCUCUCUGGGACAGCAGCUCUGGUGAGAAGGCCUAGGCAGGACAAGACUAAAAAGCCAGGGAGCAUGGGGCAGAGAGGACCUGGACCACCCAGGGAUCCCCACGAUGCUGGGGCUGGGCUAGGAGACCCCAUGGGGGUGCAGUUUCUGCCUGGAGCUGGAGCCCGUGGUGGGGGCAGGGUCCCGCACAGGACGGAUGAGCAGGCUUUAGGCUGGCUGCAGUGGCCUGCAGGGGUCCAGCUUGGCCCCAGCAGGUCUGAAUCCUCGUAUCCUGAGGGCUGGCUUCUAACUUGGGCCUUGGGGCUUUGCCUCCUGGCACAGGCCUCUUUGUAUCCUUAAUUUGAGAGAAGAGGCCGAGGGCCUUGUUCACAGAGCCUAGGACCUAAGACAAAUGUGUAGGCUUUAACCUCAUGAUGUUCAACAGUCUGGCCAGCCCACUUGGGCAAGGCACCCCGAGGUGGGUUAAAAGGCUGAGCUGGUUGGAGCUCUCCUAGGUGCAGUGUGGGUGUGGGGCCCUCACCUUGCCUGGGCAUGGGGGUGAUGUGUGCAGGGCCUGCCCAAGAAGGUUCCCUAGCCCCCUGGUGCUCUUGGGGAGGGUGUCCUGCAUGGCCCUAGCAUUUCCUGGAAGGACGGCCAAUUCCAAAGGAGAGGGAACUUGUGCGGCUUGUAAACCUGUAGGGCCUUGGCUGCCAUGGAGCAUGAGGCAGGCUGAGGCCCAGGAGGUGAGGGUUGGGCCUGACCCUCCAGCUGUGUCUUUCCAGGGGGCUAGAGGGGUACCUCUCCUGAAAGGUUGGUCCCCUUGAUCCCUGGAGGUGGAUGGGUGGUCACCUGGGCUGGGCCGGACAGGUCUGCAGGCAGUGGCUUGGGGUGCUCAGGCCAGACCCCCCCAGGGUUGGCAAAGCCACCUGCCCAGGCCUCCAGGACGAGGAGCAGACCCACCUCUGCCUCUCAGGGCAGGAGUGGCCGCCACCUCCUCCGUUCUCCUGGAUUUCUUCGGACAGCCACCACCCUGGACUUGCUUCCCCAGGCCUCCUGUCUGUAAAUAAAAGCCCGUAAACUGUGUACAGAUUUAUAGAGAAGCCAAGCUUGGGCCUUGGAGUUGCCAUCAAAGGGCUGAUGGCCCCAGCAUCCCCCAGGUGCCCACCUGGCAGCUCAGCACACUUGGCCCCAGCGUGGCGAAUACAUGUAAAUAUUUUUCGUAGGCAGCGAGGCUCCAGAGAGCCCCCUGAAGACACUGACCCUGUGCGUCCUUUCUCUUGUACAGGCCCUCCAAGCACCCGGCCUGGGGGUGGAGGGAGUUUGUCCUUCCCUCUGCCAGGCUUUCCCUGCCCUUUCUCUUCCCCGUCACCUGAUUAUUAACCAUACCUGUCCUGAGUUCAUGGCCAAAACUCUCAAUAAUGAGACGCGGAGGAAAAAGGCUGGAGAAAGACCAGGGCGCCAGCCGGCUGUGGCUGUUCACAUAUCCCAGCCAGGGAAGGAACCGCUCCGGUUUCUGUGUUUGUUUCUUGUUUGUUUGUUUGUUUUUGUUGUUUGUUUUUUUAACACUUCCCUUGCUGUGCCCAUUUAUAAGAGGAAAUAAAAUAAAAUUGAAAUGAUGUAG